CGGUUUGAUUUUGUAAUUCGUGUUUUUAUCAAGCAAAGGCGAAUCAAAUACUCUAGCAUUAACCAUUACAUAUAAAACUGACGUUUCCUCAUGAUAAUUUUCCUGCAACCUUAAAAUGUCGUAUUAACCGUGCUUCAGUGUUUGUGUGCUUAACGCGACUUUGAAUAGAUAAGUUCUUUACACAUUUAUUGGUAUGUAGCCUAAGCACAUGAUUAUGUGACACAGUCAUUGACCAUUUCGACAUUAUUUUAAGUAGAUCUAUGCGACUCAAAAUCAUCCGAAAACGGGGUGCAUCAUUUUGAACAACCAUUACUUCAUCAAUUUUGCAGCGAUUUUCACGAUCUCGGUCUUAUUUAACUCAGAAAUGAAUUUCCUUUCUUGAAAUGUUAUGUAUUGCAAUAUUUUUACAAAUGCUGGGUCAACAUUUUAAGAAAUAACACGAUACACAACUCGCAUGACCCAGUUGACACUGAUCACGCUUUGGGGCCUUUUUGGUAUUCGGCCCUUUUGGUAUGCGGCCUUUUUGGUUUUCGGCCUUUCUGGACAUAAAACUUCAAAAGUGUCAUCAUUGUCUUACUUUCAAGACUCCGUCACAUCAUGACAGAAUCGAAAUAAUGUUUAAAAUAACCAAUAAUUAAUCGUUUCGGUGUUUCUUGAUCGAUAAACAAAAUUUAGUUGAACUUUUUCUCAAUAAUAUCAAUUAUCAAUAAACAAUUCAAUAACCCACAGUUGAUCAAAAUUUCCCACUAACACGCCGUUUAAUUAAACUUGCAUCCGCAUGCUAGUUUUUCUCAAUGUAGGGUUUUGUCUUUUAAGGCUGCUGGAAAAAUCAAACAAGGUUUUGGGAUAAGCAGAUGAUGCCAAUGAAGCACACAUAGAAAAAGAACAUGACAGAUGUGGAUCAUAUUCCUGUGAAAGACACCAAUAUUGGUGGUCUUGAGCAGAAGGCAGCCCAACAGCGGCGUUUGGUCAGCAAGUGGGAACGUGACGUGUUGGAAGACAAGUACCUGCGUAUGUCUGAGGAAAACAUCAUAUUAAAGAAACAUGCCAGAAAACAGGAAGACAAGAUUAAGAGAAUGGCCACUAAGCUAUUGCGAUUGGUGAAUGACAAAAAGAAAACAGUUGAUGGCGAUAUUGGGACAGGGCCACCAGCUAAGAAGAUUAGAGAUAUUGAAACAGAAGAGAAAAUGGCCGAACUGCAUGAGAAAAUUAGCCGCCUUGAGAAGCAAAGCCAUCAAUACAGAGAAAAGUUGGAACUAGCCAAGCAGCAGUUGGCAUCUGCCAGCAAGAGACCCCAACAGUACCCACAUGCCAUGUCCAGAAUCAACACGGGCAUUCACAAGACUGCCCCAGAUCCAAGGCUUACUAAGAACAUGAGAGUGACUGGUCCUCCACAGGACCAUAGAACUAGGGGAGCCCCUGGUAGCCCAUCCCGAGGUCAAAGUCACACGGUGCACUACUCGGCCCUGGAGGACACCCGCAUGGAGAACCAUCGCCUAGAGAGCCUUGUAGCCCAGCAGAAUGAGCAGAUCAACAUGUAUGAGCUGGAGAUGAGACAGCUACGAGAACAGGUUCACCUUAAAGAGAAGGAAUAUGAGGAAGAUCUUACCAAGAUCAAACAUCAGAUUACUGCAGAGCAACGGACAAGCGUGCAGGAGAAUAUUGACAUGAUCAAACUACAGCGGGAAGUGAAAGAGAAAUCAACCAAGUUCUUGAUGCUGCAGGAGAAAUACAGCAUGCUGGAAGAAAACCUACGCAGUGUGAAGCGGAGUCACGACACUUUGCUGAUGGAGAUGGAGAGUGUGAACAUGCAGCUGAAGGAAGAACAGAACCGGAGCCUCGCCCUGCAGAACGAACUCAAGAUGGGCUCAGCAAAGCAGCAUGAGCUUAUACAGCUGAAUGAACAAGUAAAUAGUCUGAAAAGAGAAAUUGAAAUUCUGAAGGAUGCCAAUGAAAAACUGGUCGGCAGUGCGUUUGACCUGGAGCGUGAGAGGGAGUGGCGCCAGAGGGAGAAUGCCCUCAAGGUGCAGAUAGCCCAGCUGGAGGCCACACUGAAGGCAGACCUCGGCGAGAAGGGAGGCAUCCUGGACAAGCUGGCUGUCGAGAAAGACCAGUAUGACAGGAUGGCUCAGGAACACAGAACUAUGCAGCUUGAGCACUACCAGCUGAGGGAGAAAUAUGAUGACCUCGUGGAGAAGAUGAAGUUCUUCACCAAGGAGAGUGCAGUGGACUUCACAGAGAUUGAGGAAGCCCUGGUACUUGUGAAGCAGAAGAAGCAGAAGCUGGCAGCACACCCAGAGUUCCUGCAGAGGGUGGAUGAGGAACUGGACAAGGAUGCCCAGCGUCGGCUGCUGGAUCUGCAGGCAGAGUAUGCUGAGACAGUUCAUGAGCUGGAGAAGACGAGGAACAUGCUGGUGGUGCAGCACAAGAUCAACAAGGACUACCAACAUGAGGUUACCCUGGCAACAAACAAGAUGGAGGAGGUGAAGAAAGAGUAUGAGAUGAAGUUGGAUGAGUACGCACGCAUGCUGGACAUGAGGCAGGCCAGGAUAAAGAAAUUGGAGUCCCAGUUGCGUGAUGUUGCAUAUGGCACAAGACAGUACAAGCUGAUGCCUCCCACUGAUGAUGUGGAUGAGGAUGUGGUUCAGUUUGACGAGACCAUUCACCUGGAGCGGGGUCAGAACCUGUUUGAGAUCCACGUCUCCAAGGUGAUGCUAUCCAAUGAUGCCACUCGGUUGCUAGGUGACGAGGAACCGUCCCUCUUCUGUACCUGGGAGUUCUUUGAGUAUGAGAUACAGAGCACGCCUGUUAUCAGAGGAUCCAGGCCAGAGUUUGACUUCACGUCUCAGUACAUUGUGAAAGUGGAUGAUUUCUUCCUGCAUUAUCUGCAAAAGGAUUCCUGUACACUGGAGCUACACCAAUCCUUCGGCCAAGACUUCACAACAGUGGCAGCCUGUCAGCUCACAUUCCGGGAAAUCUUCGACAAAACGCAUGGCCGCAUUCACGGCACAGCCACGCUCACCGGUAUCUCAGGGUCCAGGACAGGUAUAGGGUUCGGUACUGUGGAAUACUGGGUACGACUCCGUGUGCCCAUGGAUCAGGCCCUGCGCUUGUACAAGGAGCGUACAAAGGCCCUGGGCUACAUGACGACCAAUAUUCGUGCUGCUGACCAGGCCCUGCAAGCGUUGGAUGACGAGGCAGCACGACGCCCACCAGACAACGUAAAUGAGCUCCACAUCAAGCUCAUCCGCUGCACGCAUCUGAAAGCACGUAGAGAUAAUGUUCAGCCAUCCCCGUACUGUGUGUACCAGUUCUUCGACUACAACGACCACGACUCUGUGAUCAUCAACAGCUCCAACAACCCGGAGUUCAAUGACCACAAGACUUACCCAGUGCCCAUGACCUCUGACCUGGACCAAUACCUCAAAACCAUGCCUCUCAAGAUAUUCGUGUUUGAUGACACUGACCCUGAGCAGGCAGCAUACCUGGGUAUAGCAGACAUCCCCCUCAUCCCCCUGGCCCAUGACAAGGGCGUGCAGGGCAUAUUUGAGCUGCGCGCAGCCAAUGGGCACAUCAACGGCACCAUUGAGGUGGAGCUCAGAUGGCAGUUCACGUACAUGCCACCCUCGCACCUGAAGGCUGGCACUCAGAAGCAGCCUGAGCUGGAGGCUUCUCCCCAGGAGCCCCCAGAGAGACUGGUCACCUUCAAGGAGGAGCCAGCCGUGCAGGCAAGGGGAAGUCAGCGCCUGGCCGCCAAGUUUCCCGGGCCCUCAGCCCACUCCACGCCCGUGGCCAAACCCCGCGAGGAACCCAAGCAGGCCAAACUGACUGCCAGGCGCCAGCUGACUGAGCCUUCCAGUGAGACAGAUGAGGAGCCAGUACAGGCCUCGUCCAUCCAGCGUGCGACCAUCGUAAACGAGGCUGUGUCUCACGCCGUCUCCAACAUCCUGCCUGGCAUGGAUACCAUGACAACCCUCAACGAAACACUUGAGUCCCCAGCUCCAAUAAGCCCUGCCUAUCGCGAGGAGGAGAGCCUGUCCGACGCAGGCUCAGUACGAAGCCAAACCAGUUCAGUACGAAGCCAGACCGGUUCCGUACGCAGCCAGACUGGUUCUGUGCGCAGUCGCGCCAGCAGCCAGGGUAGCCGUGGGAGUCGGGCUAGUGAUCACCAUAGCGAUCGUCGAGGAGUUCAUUCCUGGCCCAAACCUAUACCAAGGAAACGCAACACCUUAGAGUUGGCAGGCUCGAGAGGUCAAGAGGAACUGCAGAAUGGGACCCUGAGGUCGACCAUGAAGUCAGAGGACACCAUGUUUGGGGACUCACCAGGCUCUGUGAGUGAAGAGAUAGUCUCCCCAGACCCCAGCCAGCGCAGCACGCUCCGUGAUCGGGAGGACACACCCACCGAGUCCGAGUCUGAGACUCCGCCCAUCGAGUCAGACAGCGAGGGGAUCAUGAUAGCCCCUAAACCAUCCAAGCGCAAACAGAAGUCUUCAUCAAAACCAGGAAACUCUGUUACCGUGGCUAUCAAUCACAUCUCACUGGAAGAGAACUCGCCUGCCAUGGAGAACGAGAGUAUACGACAGCUGUUCGUAGAGUACAAGUUCCUGGGCAUCGAUCCAGCUGAGACCGAGACGCCCUUCUCACUACCAAAACCCAAACCCUACCAUAACAUACAGUUUAACUUCAGCAAAACGUUCCAUGUGGACUUUGAGAACAACUACCAGAGACGUCAGUACCUGGCCAGCAUGCUACUUCCCUCCGACCCUGAUGAUGGAAGGAUACGAUUUACGUUGGUCAGUGAACCACCGGAGGAUGACCAAGAUGGCGACUGUGAAGAUGUUGGGGUUGCUCUUGUCAACGUGAGAGACAUUCUCAAGGAUCGACAUGACAUUAUUGAGAAAGAUAUCGACAUUGUGGACAUUGAAACCGAGCAGACUGUGAUUGGUAGCAUGAACCUGACAGUGCAGUGCCUGGCAGCACUAGAGUCUGUGGAGAAAGAGAUGAAAAUAGAGGGCACCUACUAGUGGGCUGUAACUUAGCAACCAGUGGGGGCUCACUGGAUACCCACUUCUGGCAAACCACCAUCUAGCAACCAGAGGGAACUUACACGCUUUUAGUGUACCAUAAACAAGCAGCAAAAAGAGACUUUUUACUAAAGUUACUAAAUACACACUUUUAACAAUUCCACAGGAAAACAGGAACUUUUCAUAUACUAAAUAAAUAUACAAUUCCACAAGACUUGCUUCAUAUCAGUAUCACUGAUAGUUUACUAUCCCUUAGCAACACAACAGUACACAAGAGAGAGGUGUUUGCAGAAAUUUUAGUACUUGAAAUGCAUGUUUGUUUUAAGGUGUAAUGUUUAUGACUCCUAAAGGUAUCAACCUUGGCUCUUUGCUAGUGUGUACAACAUCACUUUGAAGGAUAUUAUUACAGCUCAAGACUUAUCAAUUAUCUAUUUAAAGAUUUUGUCAAUAUUUGUUGUUUAAUUUUAUAAUGGAGUUUAUGCGUAUGUAUUUUCAAUGUAUCUUUUCCUUGUUAAUCCAUGGUACUGAGUAGGGAUAUUCAACUAUGCUGUUGAAAAUGACAACCAAAUAUAUAAACCCUUUCCCCCCUAAGAAGCAAAGUGAAAAUGGCUUUUGCAAACAGCAUAAAACCAGAACAGCCUGCGAGUAACUGGCAGUCUGUUCAGGUUUUAUGCUGUUUGCUGCUCAUCAGUAAUUAAGGGUUGGAAAUAAAGCCUUUAAAACUUGAAUUUAGUGAGAAAGGUAUUUAAUUAAAUGUAACUUUCUAAGGGACUAAAUAUGUAAAAAUACAUAUCUUAGUGGUCAAAAUAUGUAUCUAAGUGGUAAAGGGUUAAUUAAUGAACCUUUUUCCCAGUCUCAGUAUCACAUCUUACUCUGCCAGUUGAUAGACAGCUACGAAUUACUACAUCUGGCUGAAUGGAAUUGUGCUUUUCUAUGAAUGUUUCAUCCUAAAUUCCUUAAAUAUAGCCCAAAUGAAAGAAUUUCAAAAAUGACAUAACAUUAUUGUAAAUUUUGCUUCAGUUAAUUUUUAACAAGGGUGAGCCUUUUAUAAUCCUUUCCCACUUAUAAGCUAAGUGAAAAUGGCUAUGUGCAAACAGCAUAAAACCAGAACAGCCUGCGAGUGACUUGCAGUCUGUUCAGGUUUUGUGAUGUUUGCUGCUCAUCGGUAUCUAAUGAUUGGAACUGAAACCUUAAAACUUUGAUCUUGUAAGAAAGGCCUUUAAUUAAAUUUAACUUUCUAAGUGACUACAAAUGCGUCAAAAUUUACCAAGUGGUAAAUAAAAUUGUGUUUAUUUCGUGUCAUGAGACGGUAUAAUACACUUCUGGGGGGAUAUUAAUCACAUCAUUUUUUCUAGAUUUUCAUGAUUGCUGUUAGGCCUGUAAAGUGUAUUUUGUUGUGAAAGGAUAGUAACAUAAUUAUAUAUUUUAUUUAAUAGAAUAUAAUUGUACGUUUUACUGUCUGUCCGUCCAAAGUUAUUGUCUAGAAUGAUAUUGUAUACAUAUCUAUUUGUGUCUGUGAUAAAAUAGUUUUAGCAUGUUUCUGGACAGUUUUAUGCUUUAUUUCACUGGUGAAAACACCAUGGUACCUGUAAUUUUACACAAAUGUGAAUAACUUUUAUUACAAUGAAUAAAAUUUCUUGAAAAAGGCAAUCUAAAAUUAUUUGGUGUUACAUAUUACUUUAAUAUAUUAGUAUUAUGUUUUGCUUACAUUGGAAUGAAUAGGGUUUUGUUGCAUUGUUUUGAUCGAUACUUUUAAACUGUACAAUGUUCUUUUCUAUUUAUUAAUUUUACCAUAUUGAUUGAAAAUAGUGUAGGAAUGUAGUGUUUCCAUUGCUUCAUAUCACUAUGUCGUAGUGAUAUUCAGUAUUUUAAAGUACUGUACGUAUGAUUUUAGAUGAAACAAAUAAAUAUUUU